AUGCCCAAACUUGGCGUGCAUAAGCUUGACGUCGAUGAUGCACCAGAGACCACCGAGACCAAGUCCAAGCGACGGCAAGAGGCUAAAGCCAAUGUUCCAGAUGCACCGAAGACUGUCAAGGAAAAAGCUCAAUCUCAAGAGCAGCCAGGCCCUACCAGCAGCUCAUCGUCGCCGCCUCCAUUCCCGCAAGACGCGGAAGCAAAAAGCACCCUUACCCCCGAAGGAGCUCCUUCGACGGCCACACGACCUCUCGUUCCUCCAAACGUUCUUGCCGCCUAUCGCACACCUCUGCGCCACAAGCCAAAAUACGGCAUUCCCGUCGCUCAGCUUCAGCUUCAUUCAUACUCCGUGCGUAAUCUGCAGUUCUACGCGGAUUUCUGCGUUCGAGCAGCGUACUACCUAGGACUUCCAUGCUCAGGCCCAGCUCCGCUUCCGCGGAAGAGAGAGCGCUGGACUGUUCUGAGAAGCAAUUUCGUUCAUAAGAAAUCUCAAGAGAAUUUUGAAAGAAUUACAAUGAAGCGACUGAUAACGAUCUACGAUGGCGAGUCCAGUGUCGUGGAGACUUGGCUUGCAUUCAUACGGAAGUGGCAGUUUUAUGGUGUAGGUUUGAAGGCAAAUGUUUGGCAAUGGGAGGAACUGGAUGUUGCUGGCAAGAUGGACAAGCAAUUCAAGUCUCUUGAGAAGGAUCUGGACGACAAAUUGAGCCUCUUUGGUUUCAACAAGUCGGCGGCUCACAAGACUGAUCUCCUCAAUCUUAUGGAGAGACAAAAGCACCGACAAGUUGGUGUGCCAAUGAGUGAGAUUCGAGAGAAAUCUAGAACCACCCAAGAUCCAUUCUAA